AUGUCUUUUGCCAGAGCAGGUCUACGUACACUCCGAUCCCUUCCCCAAUCCCAAGUGUAUCGAUCUUCUACUCUUUUGAAUCAAAGGAGAUUGAUAUCUGAUGAGGCUAAGAAGCUCAUCGAUAAUGCAGUGCAAACCAACCCUUUAGUAGUGUUCAUGAAAGGUACACCUGAAGCACCUCAAUGUGGAUUCUCUAGAGCUGUUUGUCAAAUCUUGGAUGUCCAAGGCGUACCGAGGGAGAAAAUUGUUUCGUAUAACUGUUUGGAGGAUCAAGAGCUCAGAUCUGCUAUCAAAGAGUACAGUGAAUGGCCAACGAUUCCUCAAGUUUAUGUCAAAGGUGAAUUUGUAGGAGGAUGUGAUAUCGUCUUAUCAAUGCAUCAAAGCGGAGAGCUGGAGAACUUGCUUAUCAAAGAAGGAUUAGCACCUCCUCUUCCCGAGGAAGAACCCGCUACUAAAGCUUAG